AUGUAUCAACAAAUUGCAACUAGAAUAUCAAGAAGAGCUGUAAUAAAGCAUGAAAUAGCUAUAUCACGUGUAGCGAAAGCGAAUAUAAAAGCAUUUCAUUCAACACGUACAAGAGCAUUCUCAAAUCCAAAAGACCCUCCCAACACUCCACCCUCCCCACUCAAACCAACUAAAGACGUCGUCAAGGAAGUUGGAGUGGAGGAAACUUUAUCGAACGAGACAACAUCAAACCCAUCUACUGCCGGUGCAAAGGAGGAUAUCGAUAAAAUUGGACAGGCGCCCGACGAUGCACAGUCACAACAGUCUCGCGAUAGUAAUGGGUAUGAAGCUUCUGAUUUUGUUUUAAGAUCGACAAGACGAAGGCGUAUGGGAGCAACAUUGAGGGGACGACAACGUACGGGAAAGAAUUUGACACCGUACAAGCCUGUUAUUCCAGAUGAGUUUUUAAAAACAAACUACAUUAGAUUCACGGAGAAUUUGGCAUCUUUUGACACGAUGGAGUACCCUUUACAAGAGUGCAUUCGUCAAGAGAUUGUAUGCAGCGCGCGUGCUAGUUUGUUGGCGACUCCAAUUAGCGAUUCUGUUCCUGCUAAACGUGGUCACCUUCUGCUAAACUGUCCGUUAGAAGGAGCAACUUACUAUCUUGAUGCCAUCGUCAAUAGUACUGCUGCAUGUUUGCAUGCAGAUCUAUUAAAGUUCGAUAGACAAGAUUUAAUGGAAUUAACAGCUGAUGUCUUUGCUCGGAAGAGCAAUAUUACCCCUUGGCCAUUAUUUCCUGAUCUGAAAGGCUUUAAUCCAUAUAUAUCUGCCUCCCCAUAUUCGACUGCAUCGUCUAUGUCGGCUGAAGAAGAUGUGGAUGAGGAUGUCUAUAUUGAAGAAGAAGAUACAUAUGACGCUUCUCAUCAUAUGACUAAAUUUCCUGCAUUCGAUAAUAAAGCAUACUCGGAAACACUACCUUUUAAUGGAUCAAACAACACGGCAGCUACGCGAGGAGAUAUGAAAACGAUGAUGGAUAAGAUCAAUAAGUUUUUUGAAGCUUUGGUUGUGGUGAAACCGUUAACAGAUUUAAACGAACACACCGCGCGGAGAAAUGCUACGUCUAAGUUGAAAAUCAUUUAUUUUAAGGAUAUAGGAGAUAUACCGCCAUCCAAUUUUACUGUUCAAUUGGUUAAUUCGCUUGUUGAUGCGGUUCAGGCUCGGCGAGCAAUGGGUGAAAAAAUUCUAAUUAUUGCUGGUUAUUCUCCAUCAUUGUUUGCAAUGGAAAAGAAACCACCUUCAGCCUGUGUAGUACCACACGAAUUGCAUCUGAUGAAUUCAGACGUAUUUCCCAAUCCUGCGAUGCUGGUUUCAUUCACGCACAUUGCCAUACCUCCUCCGUCAGAUGACAUGGCCAAGAAGCUUCUGGAUUUGAUUUCACGUGAUAAGAAUUUAGCAAUAAGAUAUCUUAAUACGCGGAACAUUAAAGCUGUAGGGGCGAGUAAAGGAGCUUAUUUCAAAUGCAAUAGUGUUGAAGAGUUAGGUCGGAUAUUGGCUCGGUUGGAUGGAAUAGACACUGAAGUAUGGGGAUUUGAACGAAUUCAUAGACUAGUAAUGAACGCCAUAGGAUUGGCACUUGAGAGGCAUGAUCAUGUAACUUCAAAUGGAAGAGUUGAUAUUGAGGCUGAUCACUUUAUUAGAGCCGCAAAUAUUCUAAGAGUAAAUCAAAACUUGCGCAAGAAUUUUGUAGAAUCGGUUUCAAAUAGUGCAAAAAUAGGGACCAAGAACGUUGCGAACGUGAUUAGCGUUCUUGGCGUUGGUGACGUUAAAGUAAAUAUCGUCAAUUCAAAGUCGCUUAAGUUAGGAGAACUUGAUAGGUAUGAAAAAAGGUUUUCAGGAUGUAUAGUGGAAGCAGCUAAUAUACAGACAGGGUUCUCAGAUAUCCACGUGACUCAGACAACGAUCGAGACGCUGCAAACGUUAAUAACAUUGCCACUACUUCGACCAGAUUAUUUCUCUUACGGAGUUCUAAAGAAACAUUUCAUAUCCGGUGUGCUGUUGUUCGGCCCACCAGGUACUGGAAAGACGAUGCUGGCGAAGGCUGUUGCUAAGGAAAGUGGGAGUGCAGUGCUGGACAUCAAAGCGAGCGAUGUUUAUGAUAUGUAUGUCGGGGAAG